AUGACAGGGCUAUGCCAAUCCGCAGCCAUGUUCCCACGAACCAGUCACCUCUUGUCCCUGUUGCUACUGAUGGGCACAGGGGGCACCAUGCCCAGCCCCCGGGCACCUCCCCAGGGCUGCUACAUGGCAGAGGAAGCUGGUGAGAGGACGUUCCGCUGCAGCCAGGCAGGCCUGAGCGCCGUGCCCCCCGGCAUCCCCAACGACACCCGCAAGCUCUACCUGGAUGCCAAUCGGCUGGCGUCCGUGCCAGCUGGUGCCUUCCAGCACCUGCCUGUUCUGGAGGAGCUGGAUCUGUCUCAUAAUGUCCUUGCCCACCUCUCAGGAGCUGCUUUCCAGGGCCUGGCGGGCACACUGCGGCACCUCGACCUCUCUGCCAACCAGCUGGCUUCAGUGCCCGUGGAGGCCUUCGUGGGGCUGCAGAUCCAAGUGAACCUGUCUGCCAACCCGUGGCACUGCGACUGUGCCCUCCAGGAGGUUCUCAGACAGGUGAGGCUGGCACCGGGCACUGGGACAGGCAUUGUGUGUGGCCCAGGAGCCCGACCAGACCUCGUGGGGCAGGAGUUUCUGCCGCUGGCAGGGGAGGAAGAGCUGUGUGGGACGGGGCGGGGCGGGGCCCGACGGAGCACAGACGUGGCGCUGCUGGUCACCAUGGGGGGUUGGCUGGCACUGGUGGUGGCCUAUCUGGUCCACUAUGUGUGGCAGAAUCGGGAUGAGAGCCGACGUCCCCUCAAGAGGUCCCCCAUGCCACCAGUGCGCUCGGAGGACUCCUCCACCCUCAGCACCAUGGUCUGA